AUGGGCCAAGAUGUCCUCAGCCUGUGUCGACAGACAUUUGUAAUCAACAUUCUAAGGUGCUCUUUGACAGAUGAGGUAGGAGAGCUGUGGGAAAAUUCCCUCUUCACAGACUGCUGCCUCUUCAUUCAGGAAUUCUGGGCUCACAAGGCCAUCUCAGCAGCUCGCUCUCCAGUUUUCAGGGCCAUGUUUCAUCAUGACAUAGAGGAGAGGCGAAAGAACAGAGUUGAGAUCAAGGAACUGGAGCCUCAAGUCUUCAAGGAGAUGAUGGGCUUCAUUUACACAGGGAAGGCACCAAAACUCAACACCAUGGCCACUGAUGUUCUGGCAUCUGCUGACAGGUGUGGAAUGGAGCACUUGAAGGUCAUGUGUAAGGAUGCCCUCUGCAGGGACCUCUCAGUGGAGAUUGCUGCUCACAUGCUCAUCUUGGCUGACUUCCACAGUGCAGAGCAGCUGAAAAUGCAGGCACUUGAUUUCAUUACAGUUCAUGCUUCUGAGGUCUCUGAGACCUCGGGGUGGAACGUCUUGGUGGAUUUCCAUCCCCACUUGCUGGCUGAAGCAUUCCAUGCCCUGGCUUCUGCACAGAAGCCUUUCAUGAAACCACUCUCAAACCCCUGA